AUGGCAACGCGUCCUUCCUGGAACGGUCUCCAUGGCUACCAGCGCUUCCGGGAAGUGCGCCGCCUUUCCUUUCCCCAUCCCGCCCGCCAGAGAAGCCUCUGUAGCAGCCUGACGAAAGCGGCCCUUUCGAAAGCGGCCGGCUUUAGGCGGGAACUACGUAGGGCGGAGGCCCGAGAGGAGGAGGAGGAGGAGGAGAAGGAGGCUGCGGUGGUGGUCGCGGGUGAGGGAGGGGGACGGGAGCGGCUACGAUCGCCGCUCGGCUCUUUCCGGCUUUGCUCGGCUCCGCUCGACCCUCCCCGGCUGCUUUCGGGCGGCUCAGCCCUCCGCCUUCCCAUGUCGGACGUGCUGGCCGCCGCCGCCGCCGUGGGCACCCGCUUCGAACCCUCCGCGGCCAACGGCUUGGGAGGAGGCGGCGACGGCGGCGGCGACAGUUGCCCCGCUGGCGGGGCUGGAGACGACGAGAAGAAGCCGCGCCUCACGCCUCCGCUGUCGCCUUCCUCAGGUACUUCGGGGGCCUCCCUCGCGGCUGCGGGGUGGAGAUAGCGGGGCAGGGGGCAAAAGAAAACGUCGUCUCUGUCAGGGCCUUCCCCCUCCCCGGGGACUGACGGAGCGCGGGAGGAGGGCCCGUGUGGCUCGUCACCUCCCUCGCUCCCUGGCAGCGGCGCUGCAGGCAGAAAUCCAACAGGUGCCCCCUCCCUGUGGCAAGCGAAUGCUCCACCUGUUGAACUUCUGCCGCUCGGGGAGCUUCUUGGUAUUCAGUAAGCAAAACGAGGGGAGCGGCGAGGUCGCGACGGGAGGCGUUUACUCUGGGGGAAACGGGCUUGGGGCGCGCGGCGAGGAGCCCGGGCUGAGGCGCUGGGGGUUGGGGCUGCUCUGCUGGCGCUGCAGGUGUUCGAGGCGAGGCGUCGCGGAAGCCUGAAAAGAGUCAUCCUGAGGCCGGCUGGGGGUCCUGAAAAGACAGUUGCUGGCCACCUCCUGGUCAGUAGGAAGAACAAUCCAUUUCUGUUUCCAGACAGAUCCUCCUAGACCUCCGUUUUAAGUAAUAUAGUCGUCCUUGGUUUGAUUAAUGCCUUCGAAAACUCGAGGUGCAAGUGAAUCGCUCGAGGGAGUAAGAAGACCAUGGGGUUUUCUUCUGAAUAAAUAUUUGUAGGAUUGGACUGUCAUUGUAGUUCUGUGGUUUUUCCUAAGGAACUCAGUGCAUCCUUUCCUCCCAGGGGCAUCGGUUAGAAAGGACCCCUACCUUUUUUGGAUUCUCGCUUUGCACACCAUUUUCCAUGACAACAUACUGUAGUGCUUAAGCUACAAGUAAUAAUUAAAGUUAAGCUUACAUGCAUCCUUUCACUAUCCUAUACAUCUGUAGAUAUGCUAGCUCCAUCCAUACCAGAAUUUAUGCCUUGAGUGUUGGCAGAUUACGCAUUUUUCUGCAAUCGGCGUUGCUUGGACAAGUGGUUUACUGGUUGCAUAAAUUGUCAAUUUUUUCUUUAUGUUGAUCAGUUGAAACCAAGGUACAAGGAAGAGUCAUGUGUAUUACAGAAGACCAGGGUAUUAGGUGUGUUGGGGCAAGGCAGAAUUGCAGCAUGAAAGACUUCCUGAAGAUGGGCUGCCCAUAUUGAUGUUCUUCACAAUUGUUGGAAUCCCAGUAGCUAGAAGUGGAACCAAAGAGCAUAAACUCAUUUCCAUUGUAACAGAAAGAUCAGCGUUAAGAAUAACUGGAUAUCACAGAAUCACUUUAGUAAGGAGAUCACCAAGAACUUAAUCAGUACUGUGUAGAACAGUGUUGAACAGGUGUCAGAACAAAAUCAUAAUACUGCAUUAUAUGUUUUGCAGUACCCAUCAAUGUUUUAUUUAUCCCUCAAUAAAUAGUGUGGUGGAGCAUAAUAUACUGCAGUAUUGCUUGUUUGAUGAGCUUGUUUGAUAUUCUUGUUUGUCAGGAGCUAGCCUUUAAUAGCUUUUGUUCCCUUGGGUUACUGCAUUGUUUAAUUUUUCCCUCAGCAUACCAGUUGUUUUCUAAUUGGGCUAAUGCACCUUGGUGUAACUGUUGCAUCAGGUAGUAGACUGUAGUGGCAUCGCCAUGAACUUCUUUGCUUUCUUGUUUUAUGCACCAGACACUUCACUUCUAAAAUCUCAAGUGUAAUAACACAGCAUAGAGAGGUUUAAGUGAAAGCAAUGGAAAUGUGUUGUUGACUAAUCAUUAAAAUGGAGGAUCCUAGAAAUCAGUGGUAGAUUUAAAAGUAUACACCCUGUGCACAGACUUAAGACUGUGCAGUUGAGCCCCCACCCCAGUUGUUAUUAUUUAUUCGUCACUUAGAAAAAGUGAUCUACAAACAAUAGAAAUAAUGAAGUCAAUUACAACUAGCACAGCCAAUAAAUACCUUAAAAAACUGAAAAUCUAUACAAAUAAAAGGCAGGUCUAAGCAGAUCCUGCCCUAGCAAAUGAGGCCACAAAUACUUCAAAACCCCAUUAGUAUACAUUCUUAUCCGAGAGGAUACCUUUGAUCAGAAUAUCCCUAUUUCAAAUCUAGUUUCUGCCAUCUGAACUCAACGGUAGACAUAAGGAAGCCAUAGACUUAAUCUCUUAUCUUCAGUUAUCAGCAGGAUAAUUUCUGACAAUUGUUUGUAAGGAUCACAGCAAAAUAAUGUAUGUGGAAGUGCUGUGUAAAUGCCAAGUCCCCACCACCACUGAAUAAGCAGUGCCUAAUGUUAGUUAGCUCCCACAUAUCAAUAUCAAUAUGCAAAGGAUGUUGAGUAAUAAUAAUAAUAAGUGAAAUAUAAAAAUGAAAUCAUCUAUUGUUAUAGUAUUGGGUGUCAGUGCUGGCUUUGAGACAAGCUGGUGAUUCUCCUAGAUGGAGAUUGGAGUUCUGGACUUUUUUCUCCUCCUGUGUUUGCAAAGCUAAUGCACUUCUUUCCUUCUUAAAAACACACAACUCUCACUGUGCAGCUGUAACAACCUUUAAAGUAAAUACCUGCUUCUGUUCUGGUUCCCUAUUAUUGGUUACCUGUCAUAAUUGUGGGAGGAAGUCUCCCUCACCACACUUCUUUUCCCUUUAUUUAUUUAUGGUUUAAUUGUGGUGAUCCUCAGAACUUCUAAGCCAUUGAUGGGUCUGGAUUCUAAAUAAUUCAUUUGUUUGUUUUAAAUCAAAAUCCUGCACAAAAGGGAAGCCCCCAAUCAUAUUAUGCAAACAAUAUUGGAGCCCCCCACACCUGUACUGUAAUUUCUGCUCAACAGCCUCUCUCAAAACCCUGUCAGUUGCUGCCUACACAUUUUCAAGUCUUAUCUUCACAGCCUUAAGAGCUAAAAAUGUACAUUUAAAAAAAUGAAUACAAACAAAACCAGCUUGAAAUUCUUAGCAUGCUGAAUACUGUACUUGAUGCCAAAAUCUAUACUGGCUUAAGGAAAUUGUAGAAUAGCUUUACUGUAUUUGUAGAACAGUACAGUAUCCUUAAUUUUUUUGGAAAGAUGUAAAGUUUCUGUUCAUCUGAGCAGAUAAGCACUAAUGUAAGAGGGAUCUUUUAUGCUAAGCCCAGGUUAAGGAAGGAAUUAUUAAAUUAGUUGUUGAGACUUUAUCACAACAAGCAGUGCUUUUUUCUUUAAACAUAUUUAGGGGUGCUCUCAUUUUCCUACUCAUAUUGAAAUAAUGCCCCUCGAUGAGGCCAAACUUUAGAUUCACAAAAUGUUUAGGGGUAUGCAUACCCCUGCGUCCCCCCACAAAAAAGCACUGACAACAAGCAUUUACUUACUGCUUUGGAUAGUUUUCUGAAAAUCUGUAAAACUGAACAAAAGGGCAGGGCAACAAAAUUACCUGUAAAAUGAUUUAGCAAAUCACUUCCAGAACUUAAAUGUUCAGAACUGGCUUUCUAAAAUCGUUUUAAGAACCAGUACCCCAUGAUUCCUCCCGAUGACCCAUAGACUCACCAAGCUGGGGCUGAUGAGCUGAAGUCAAACAACUGCUGCAGCUGGUGGUAUCAAGCAACUAUUCUCACUCACUCACUCACUCACUCACUCCCCCACACACCCUACCUCAGAGAUGAAAAUGCUGGGCUAUUUUACAUGAGUAUUUAUGGAUUAUGAGAUAAUAUAUGUAAUGCUCUGAAAGCACUAUGGUAGUUCUCACUAUUAUUUCAGCAGUGUUCUCCAUAUUUUCCAAACUAAUUGGUUGUCAUUCUCCAUACUUUCCUUUAUUUCUCCAAAUUGUUCUCCCGAAUCAGACAUUCUUUGAAAAGCUGAACAUUAGAAACCCGAGAAAUGGGGGGAAAUGCAGAAAAUGAGCAAGCACAUUUAAAUGUGAUUAAUCUGCAGAAUUUCAUUUACAGUACAUAUAUGUAUAAUUUAUAACUUGUGAAAAGAAAAUUGUGCAUUGCCAUCACCAUACUGUUGUGCUUUCUUACAAUUCUAAAGAUAAUCAACCUAGAUAAAAGCUCUUAUGGCAUUGCCUGUUCCCAGUUCCUACAUUAAAUCUACAUUCGGUAAACAAGGUAUACCAGAGCUUUAUAAACAAUUAUAAAUUUAAUUUGUCACUCCUGGUCUGGGCUUUAAUGAAUUUAAAUAAUAAAACUAAUGAUAGCGUGCUCCCAUUCUGAGUAAUCUCUACUGAAAAGCCAGUGAUUAAAUGAAUUAAAAUGUCAUCCUGUUCUCCUGUUUAGAAAAGGUUAUCUGUGUUCUUCUUGACUAUGUUUGAGUUAGCGAUGGUCCUAAUUUGUUUAUUAAGUUACCCUCAUUGUCCUUCCACGGUUGUUGGUUUUCACCCAAUAUUAAUGCUUUCCCUGAUUUUUUCACUACUGUUUAAGAACUGAAAGGGACAGUUUGGCAGGCAUCAUGAUAAGUACUGAUGGCCAUUGCCAUUUUGCUUGUCCUGUGCUGUAAUGGAGAGAAGAGAUGUUUAUAUAGCAAGGGAUGCCUUAAAUCUGGGGCCUGCCUGUCAGGCUGCCACAUCUGUAUUCUGCGGCUCAGACGCUAUACAAUCUGGAUACUGUCAUAACAACUCAUUGUGCUCUGCUUGUUAUAUGACUUUAAGGAAGCAGAGUAUGUCUUUUAAGUUGUGAUUGUGAUAUAGCCUGAAGUAGGUGUGGAAUGCAAUUUUUGCUGACUGUCCAUUUGCUCUGAAGUCCUCAGCACUCCCUCCCACAUUGUUUCAGAGAGUCCCUCAACUGCUGAAGCAGCUUUUUCAGGGAGAACGAGGGGCUGCAGGGGGAAAUGAAAAAUAGCCAAAACUUGCCUCCCUCCCUUUCACUCAUAAGAGCCUAGCACUGGAUAAUAGCUAGAGUUUUACAACUGCCGAAAAACCAAAUAUUAUUUCUGUCUACCCUCUUCUAGAGAAUGAAGAUUCAGAUCAAAGACCGGAAUCUACUUUCCAGGCAGCUGCCACAUCUGAAAAUGAUGCCUUGCAGUGCAGGUAGGAAAUAUGUGUAAUGAAGGCCUGCAUUAGGUCUUGCUCAGGAGCAAUGAAGGAGAGUUUCUGGUGAUGAAGGAGUCUAGCAGUCAGCUCAGCUUUCCUUCGCAAUAUAGAAUAUAUAACUGAAUAUUUGCCAGUUGCUUCAUUCAGUAGUUUUGUUGGAUAUUCUGUUACUCCUGUAAAAUAUCUGUAAAUGACAUAUUGAUUCUUUAUUGAUGGGUUUUUGAAGUGUUCAGAUGCUGAUCUAUUGAUAAUUGUAUUAUAUUAUAGUUGUAAUGCCCUAUAGUGCACCAUGUUUAACAAGAGAAAGAGCGGGAUUCAAUGAGUUAAACUUUGCUUUCAUUGUGAAAGCACAGUGUUAUUUUUAGUAGCAAACUUAGGUAAUCCUGGCAUUUGAAUUCUGGAGCAUAGAGGAGAUAGAAAUCCCGGCUGCCUCUGUAAUUAUGUUUUCAUCCAGGGAUGCUUUGCAGCAUCCCAUUGAUGCCAAAUAGGCUUUUGCUUUAAUCUCUAAGAUAGCAUGAAUGCCAGGUAAUUUUUUUUUCAUCACUACCAUGUUUGCUCUCUAAACUAGCAGAGGUUUAAAUAUUAAAUGUUUUCCCGGUGGAAAUAUGUUCUUUACUUUUAGAUAAUAGAUUCUAAUUAGAUUAUUCUUUAAAAUUAUUAUUAUUUUUGUUAGUUUCUCCUCCAAAAUGGACCCUAAGGGGGGCUUUCAAAAAAGCAAAAAUAGGUGGGGGUGGGUAGGGAGAGAAAUACAGAGAGAGGUUUUCCACUAUAUUUUUCUCGGAGUAGACCCACUGAAACUAAUGAAUACAACUAAGCUAAUUCAUUUAAAAGGGUCUACUUUGAGUAAAACAUAGUUGAGUACCAUCCUAUAAGAUUGCCAGUAACAACUGUGACAACUUAUUCCCUAAACAAGUUAUAAAUUAAAGCUGAGGCAUGAUGAAAAUAUUAAUGAACACUGAAAGAGAGAAAAGGUUUGAAGGUUUAACUAUUAAAGGCACAGUACUUAUUUUCUGUCAGAAAUACUGUUUCAGGUCUAAACCAGAAUUUAUAGUCCUCUACAACAGAAUUGUUUCUAUUAAAACCAUCUACUCCUAGAAUGGGUACCCACUCCUCUAAAAGCACUUCUAGUCCUUUUCCAUGUCCUUUUCCUCCACAUGAGGAAAUUAUACAGGUUUAUCCUGCCUGACAAAUCCCUAAGCACACCUAGCUACUUCCAUAGCCAGCCAGACUCUCUCUGCCAGUUAAACUGUCAAAUAUCAGUUUUAGACAGGACGUGACCAAGGUUAAAUAACCCCAGACUUGGUCAUGUUGCCCUGCUCCCAUCUUUCCAGAGGUCAGAGUAGUUAUCUGGGACAGGAACUUACUGCUCUGGUUAGUCCUGAAGGUUUGUUGGUAAGCCCUGUGUUGUUAUCUGUAAAAUGUAUUUGCAUAAGGCUUAAUGUAUCUUUAAAAAAACAUUAUUUGCGAAAAUUUCAUUUAUAGACAUGGAGAUGCUUGCAUCAAGCUGUCACAUUCUGAUGUACUUUUUCUGUCUAGAUGAAUUAAUCAGCCUGAGUGCAGGGUAUGAUUUGCUAAAGCCAAUGUUUACAAAGUAUUUCAGCUAUGAAGUGGUGGUUGGAUGGGCUCAGCUGGGCUGUAUUUCUGCUACCUAAGGGAGUACAAAGCUGCAGAAUUAUUCACUGUAGCAUUGGCUCAGCUGAGACAGCUUUAUGUGGUUGUGUCAGGAAUACACACACUAAAGAAAUCUUGUUUCUUUAGCAUCCCUUUCUUUAGCAUCCUUAUUCAAUUUCCCCAUUUGAUUGGAGAUUCAUUUAUGAUUGUUUCACCUGCCUGAAAACAUCCUGAAUUUCUCUUAAAACAUAUUGAAUUGAUCUGCUGUUUUUCUUUGAGAGGCUGCAGAGUGGGUCACCUGUGAAUGCAGAGGCUACAAAGGAUUGUGGAAGUGCUGACGAUGGUCUGAAAGAGCAAGAUGUAGAAGGAAAGGAAGAAAUCCUAACUGAUCAACAUCAGCACCCAAAAGAGGUAGGGGACUGGCUUCCUAGACUGUCUGCACAGUGUUAUUUCUGAAUGCAUUCGUCUUUGUAGCACAUGGGCAAUACACUUUGUUAGGUUUAUUUGUGAUACUGUUCAUAAUACAUGUGUACUUCCUGUUAAGUUUAUGGGGCUGUUCUUUGUAUUAAAAGAACACUUUAUCACACUUUGUGUACUGUUAAGACAUGGAUAAAUUUUGGACAUUUUUUACUUCUCUGGGGUCUGCAAAAUUUUAAAAUUAAAAAACCCUUUGAUGAGGAAGAAGUGUGAAAAGACAUAUGUGUGGCUUUGCAACAUAUGAGGGAGAGGGUGAAGCUAGACCAGUGUUUCUCAAAUGGCUGGGGACCAUUAUGGUGCCUAAGUCCACUUUCAAUAGGGCUUUGGUGCCAUGUCUCAUCCAGUGCCUCCUUACUCACCUGCAUUGUCCCCUGGCCAUGCUGUAGCCUUUUUUGUUGGAAAAAUGCCAGCACCAGCAAACCAACCCUCCCAUAUUCUGAGUAAAGUUUGCUGGGAGAUGGGGGGCGGUUAAAGAGAGAGGGGGAAAAGAAGUCUCCCUCCUCUGAGGCUAAAAGACCAGAGGAGGUGCUGAAAAAAUGAGAGAGAGAGAGAGGUUAAUAUUCUUUAUAAUAGCAAACUAGAAAUACAAAGGAAAGGGUUAGGGUUGCACUACCAUUUUGUGACUGGUGGUCCCCAAUAUUUUUCAGCCCUCUCAGCUGGUUCCUAGGGGUAGAAAGUUGGAGAACUUGUGAGUUACACAAUAGAACAAAGUUGCAAACAGUGUCUAACAAAUUUAGACACAGAUCUGACUUGGGCAUAUAUAAAUUCUGUGAAUUCCUUUGAAUUGACCUCUACUGCCUUUUGGGAUAUCUUCAGGAGAAGCAAAGGCUAAGGAGUUAACCCGACACAAAUCCAAAGUGGAGUCCCUAAGGUGGUUGGAUGGUAUCUUUUAUGCUUCUUUCUGGCAACUCCUGCAACCAGGCUGGUGCCAAAUGUAUUGCUUUUCUUUCUUUGGACCAUAUCAGCAAAGCCAAGAGUGGGGUCCUGUCAUCUGGGCAGCCCAGGACCUCCAUACAUGCUGCCCAGGCUUGCACCCCAGAGAGGUCACUUCAGUGAUGCAAAUGCAGCCUUUGAAUUUGGAGAGCAGAGAUAAGAAUCUUGAGUAAGAUUGUUGACAUCUGUGUCUUGAGAGACAAGGAAGAGUGUGCCAAAAAAAUAUAUGUCUGCCAGAGUUCUUUCUAUCUGUUGCUGAGUAGCUGUAGUGUUUAAUAUAGUACUUAGAAAGUAAUUUGAUUUGCAUUUGAUUCUCCUUAAAAGGUAAGAUUGGAAUUGAAAAUUGAACUUUGGAAAAAGGUCAAAGUAUUUUGUCAUUUUUUAGCACUUGGUUUCUUUAUUCUCUGCUGUUUUCCUAACAGUAAGGCUAUGAGACUACAGAUGCAAAUGUUGGUCUGUGCUUCAUGCAUUUUAAAAUGAACUGAAAUAGAUGUCUCUUAAUGGCAAAGUUGUAUUAGCCUAAUUAUUGCAAUGAAUGCACUUUGACAUGAUUUCAUUUCAGGAGAAUUUCUGUAUGCCCAACCUGUCUUCCACUGAAGAGCUCCAAGGAUGAGGUCAGGGCAAUUUUGGCAGUGUUUACUAGUAUUGUCAGAUUUUAACCUGGGGAAUAUGUCUUUAUACACUGUAACGGCCAGUGCACCUGCUUCCUAGUUUUGCUACUGGUCUCUUGCCCAACAUAUCGCUUUUGUGCUACUAUUUUUGUACUUUACAUUUGCUCCAGGAGAAGAGGGUGGGUGGUAUGAUCACUAGUGCAGUUAUGUAGAGGGAGGCACAGUAAAUGUAUCAUGUCUUAAAAGAUAUAUGCAGAGUCUCCUGGUAAUCUAGUUCCUACCCUUAAGAAAUCUCCAUGGUUUUCGGUAUGUGACCUAGAAAUUGUGCAUCAACAGGUAAAAUUUAGUAAUUAAAUACAAAUAAAUGUAGUAAUUUCAAAAAUAUAUGGUGUGAUUCUAAGGAAGCUUGUGUCCUUUGCAUAGGAGGCUGUAGUGCGGAUGACAAAGUAUCCUGACCCACAAGGACCAGGUGAUAUAGUCAUGAUACAGUCUGAAUACACAGGAGCAGUAGAUGUCCUUACAGCAGAGCUGGAAACUACAGAUUUACUGGGUGAGCAGAAGAAAGGUAAGAUUUAAGACUACAUCACUGUCUCAGAGUAUUAUUUAUUAGUAGCCAGAGUUCUGGACAAAUCCCAAAUGUAAUAUUGAUACUCUGGUAUGAUAAAUCUUCAAACAUGAAAUUGAUUUAUAAGUUUAGAAAAAUCGGAGACUGGGACAUUAGACUAUGUCUGCUCUUAUUUUGUUUUCAAUUUAAUUUUUUUUUUAAUUCAGUGGUGUUUGAGUCCAACCUGUAAAAUACGUGGCUAGAACACUAUGAUACAGUUGGAAAUCUGCAGGGAAGCAAGGGAAUGGAAACACCAAAAGAGCUGAAAUAAUUGAUUUCAUUUAUUUAUUCAGCCCUGGAGCAAGGUUCUCAAAGCUAUAUUUCUCUGGGGGUGGUCCCCCCCGCCCCAGACUAGAAAUUCAUUUAAAACAGCCCUUUUGGCAUAGCAAAUCAACUGUGUUAGGAUAGUGUUGACAAUUAAACGCAUUGUCACUGAUUCCCCGUGAGAAGCUUUUCUAUGUGAAACUAAAUGCAUACUAAGUCUGGGUGUAUAGUUUGUUUAAAUAUGAGAUAGAUUGUGUUUGUCAGUGACAUUAAAAGACUAGUGUCAAUCAUCCCAAGGUAAAGUUGGGUUGAGAUGAAGAGGAAGAAAAAUAGUUAUCUGCAGUUUUGAAGAGCUCUACCAGCAUAAAGGUGGAGGAGUACUACUAUUUCUUUUUGAACUUUUUGAAAGUUGGCCACCAUAUGAGCAGAAUUCACCAUUGCAUCAGUGGGGUUCAGUUUGCACAAUGAGACUCUCCUUUCUUCUUCUUUCCUUUAUGUACCCAGGGGAUUUCUCAAUUCUUCAGAGCAUAUAUUGAGAAUGCCUGGGGGACUGCAGGAAGGUGAAGUCCCAUUGCACAAGCAAAAUCUAUUCCGCUUGUUCACAGUGUUAUGAUUUAGAAUGUACAAUGAAAUUAAAGACUAUGCCCUCUGUUGAUUACAAGCUAGUAAUACUUUCCUUGUUUCUUUCAGCUCGUCCUCCACCUCUAAUUCCCCCCACUACUUGGACAAGCGCCAAGAUAAGGGAGUUCAAAACAAAGAUGACAAAGGAGAAGAAUGCCCGAAUGGUAGUGAAACGGGGUGAGGUGUUAACAGUCCGGGUGCCAACUCACCCUGAUGGGAAGCGUGUCUGCUGGGAGUUUGCCACAGAAGAUUAUGACAUUGGCUUUGGAGUCUAUUUUGAUUGGACUUCUGUUACUAGCACUGAAAUUACUGUGCAAGUUAGUGAAUCAAGUGAUGAAGAUGAUGAUGAUGAAGAGUUUGAAGGUCAGUGCAGAACUGGGCAAGAGUCAUGACUGUUGCCUUAAUAUCAGCAUGCUGUGAUGCAGCUCCGAGGUUACAAGGAACCAGGCAGAGGGCCUUCUUGGUGGUUAUGCCCACCCUGUGGAAUGCCCUCCCAUCAGAUGCCAAGGAAAUAAACUUCUAUCUGACUUUUAGAAGUCAGGGAGGUUUUUAAUGUUUGAGGUUUUUUGUGUUUUAAUAUUUUGUUGGGAGCCGUCCAGAGUGGUUGGGACAACCCAGUCAGAUGGAUGGCAUAAUAAAAAUUACAUUAUGUAAUAUACAACACGCAAGAGAAAAGGGACAUGGAGGGAAGAGGAAUUAUGACUGUCAUGUCUCAUAAAAUAAAAACAUAAAACACAUACUGAACAUCAACAUAAAUUAUAAUCAACAUCGAGAUUAAAAAAGAAAAUCUGUAGCACUUCAUUGUCAUCAGCAGACACUUAACUUAGAAAGCUGCAAACUUAGUCCACUGCAAAGCAUAAUGUUUUCUUCUUGUGAUCUUCCGUAGUCAGUCUGAUGACACUUUUUAGUCUUUUUUUUUUUUUUUUGCUUUGUUCACUGAUGCUUUGUGUGUUUUUUUAUUCUCAGGACCUAUUCCAGUUGGUGAUGUGGAAAGAGGCUCCAGAAGCUAUUUGCGAACCCGUUAUGGGGAGAUCAUGCCUGUCUACCGAAGGGAUAGCCACCGGGAAGUGCAAGUAGGCAGCCACGAUUAUCCAGGCGAGGGCAUCUACUUGCUCAAAUUUGACAAUUCUUACUCACUUCUACGCAACAAGAUUCUCUUCUUCCAUGUCUAUUAUACCAGCUAGAGCAGUUAAUGAGAUUUGGAGUGGGUGGGCCAUAAGACACCAAAGCAAGCUGCCUGUCAUGACUAGUAUCUCCUAACAGGCACACACUUGAUGGCUGAAUCUCUAUGCUUAUGUAUGGAUGACUUCCUUCAACCCUUCCUCACUGUUAAAGUGAUGCACGUGAUUAUUGGCAGCUCGUUUGUUUUAUGCAGACACCAAUCUGAGAGCUUAGUUAUAGAAAGCAAAUCACUGGACCAGGUUCAGGUGUCUUUUACUUUCUAUUGCACUUCCAUGAACUGAAGUUGAAAUAUGUCUUUUCUUUUGGGGUAAAUAUAUUAUCACCUUCUACUCCUCUAUCUGCAAAUAAUCACUGGGAUCAGCUGCCAAAGCAGCCUGUAGAAACUGCAUUGUUACUAUGCUGCGGUGCACUGCCAUUUGCUUGGUCUCUGGGAAGCUUCUGAAAUGGCACAUAUGUAUGCCAUCCAGGCCAUUGCCAGCCUGUCUUCUCUCUUCUAGUUCCGUGCAAAUGUAGCUAGUUUAUUGUAAGGCAAAAUUGGUGUGUGUAUUUGCUGGUAUAGAUACCUGGAUUUCACAGCUUGUCUGAAAGAAUUUUAAGUUACAUGUAUUUUCUCUCAGAAAAGGCACAAAAUGGAAGAAGGAAGCAUAAACCAAAUAAUUCUAGUCAAGCAAUUCAUCAAACAAAGAUUCUUCUUCCUCCAGACCUUUUGGGGCUAAUGUUAUUUUCAUUGGUUGACUUUUUGCCUGAAUUCAGUGUAGCUUAAGAUAGGGGUGUCAAACCCAAAAUGGGCUGGUGUGUCAAUUUAUUCCAACAAGUGGAUUCAUUGGAAAAAAAAGUCACUUUCACUGGAAGCAAAUUAUGAUAAUGUAGUUUGCAUAUGAUAAUAUAGUUAUGCUUGUUCAUAUUUGCUGUGCCGUGCCUGUGCACUCCACCAAUAAGCACUCCAAGCUACAAGAAGGCCAUUGUGCACAGUCAUACGAGUACACAGCAUCCCUUUCCAUCCCAGUGAUGGAAAACUGAGCCAUGCAGUAGCAUUUAUUGGCAAGUGAGGUCCUUUAUUCUGGGCAUCAACGUCUUAGCCCUCAUGAUAUUGUGUAGAGUGUUCUAUAAUGCACAUAAGGGAUUUUCCUCAGCCUUAUUUUUGACAUCUCUAGUUUAAUAUCUCAGGUGUUAGUUGGUAAGAGAGCCUCUUUCCUUGCAUUCAGGCUUCGGAGGCCAUUGCCAGUCUUUAAUACAGCAUAAGUGGCACAGAUAACUGUUACAUUUCAGAGGAGUGGCAGUCGCAUCACCUAUCGUUCACAGCUCAGGUUUUAUAGGGUAGAUAUGUGUAGGUCACAUAGUCCUUUCUGCAGCAAAGGACUAAUACAUGUAUUUAUCAGGAUUUCAGAAGCAACUCUGGAGUAUGCCUUUUAAAACAGCGGCUGCUGAUGUUUAUCUCUUGUGUUUGCUUGGCUCUUUGCAUGAUUGCAGCAAACAGUUAUAGUAUGAAGGAUACACACACAUUUUGGAGACCUUUUGAGGAAAUGCCCUUGAUCAUAUAUACAGCUAUCUUUUGCUGAUAGUUUAGUGCUAGAAGGUGCAAUGCCAAAGAAUCUAUCUUCCAAACGGACAUGAUGGUUCUCUAACUAUGCCAUAUUAAGUACUUUGCCAAGGAAGGGAAAGUUGCAAAGCAAAUAAGGUAGCAAGAGACUAUUGGUUCCAUUGAACUUUUUUUUAAAAAAGUUAAAGACUUGGAGUGAAAACCUAAGUCUUUUAAUUGUUGGUAGUGAGGCCUGGCAAACAAGGGCUCCUGCUAACUUUUAAAGUGGAAGUCAGCUGUAGCUGCUCCUAGGCAUUUUGUUUUUAUUUGCAGUGAGAAUGGAGAAAUUAGUGGCUGAUUCCAGGCCAAUAAGUGAGAAGCACAGAGUUUGCAAAGCACAGGACUUGCAAGAAGCAAACUUUGGGCUUAUCUUUCUGCAAAUCAAUUGGAGGGGAAGAGAAUGAGAGGCAAUCCAGUAGCAACGCAAAUUGAUUAUUUGGCUUAAAGGACAGUAUGUGUAUUUAUUUUUCUAUAAAUAUCCUGAACAGCAGCUGCUGUAUUUUUGAAGCCAGAAACAGGAGCUCCCUUGCACAGCCCAUGGUUAGCUUUAAAGACUCUCUUCCCUCUGAAUGUUUUUAAACAAUGUUGUUCGUUAUUGUUCAAAGCAUUUUCCCUGUGAAAGUUAAUUUCUUGACUUCCCACAUUUUACAGUACACACAGAGUCUGCUAAAUAUGUCCAAUACAAGGGCUUUUAUUUUGGUUCUGCUUGAAGAGGAGACUAUAAAGACAGAUUGUGUGAAUCAAGUACAGUAUGCAAGUUUGAGUUAAGUUUGUUUGUUACAGAGUUCUCUGCUUUUUGUCACACAAGUAAUAUGAAAAUCUCUGUUCAGCACAAUAAAUUUGUCUUUGUUCUUUAGCCCAUGCCUGCUAGAGGUGUGUUUGCUCAUGUUAAUUGCUACUGAAGUUGUACUGCAUGUUCUACCUAUAAAUAUAGAAGGCAGUGUCUCCUUCCUGGCUGGAAAUAGUUCACUCUGGGAAAGAGAACAGAAGUUGAAAUUAAGAUUUAAUAACCUAACCUGCAGUAGAUUCAAAUUGAGCAAAGGCCUUACAUGUUCUCCUUUCUACAGUCUGUUUAAUAACACAUUGGUUUCAGUGCUGCUCUUGUUGAUUAAAUCAGUUUAAAAUUGGUCUUUUGCCAACACACUUUGGCCACAUACAAAUGUAAUGUACUUUUUGAAACCAUGUUUGAAGAUAAAUACACACACACACCACAUGCCUUUCCAAAUACUGACGGGACUUAGAACUGUUCAGCUAUAGAGAUGCAGCCAGGGCACAAUGUGUGUAUGGUUGUCCUAUUUUCAGAUCAUGAAAUCUGGAUCUCUUUCUUGGAUCACAGACCUAAAAUCCCUGGAGAACUAUCAUUUUGGCACCUAAAGAGUUAUGUGGGAGAUAGCCAGGGAAAAUGCACAUACUUGUCUGGGAUUGAUAAAUGUAAUUUUUAAAGCAUUUUUUGAGAUGGAAUGGAAAACCAGUUUCAGGCAUUAGGACAGAUAAGCUAUGAUUUCAGAUCAGGGGCCAAAGGGAUUGAAAUUUUCUAAAAUAAUUGUGAAGACCUCAUCAAUAUAGUGUAACAACGCACUUGAAGUACUUUGAUCCCUGCUCCAUUUGUUCUGUGUGAUGUUUUUGAAGCAACUAAAUACUUCAGCAAUUUGUUGUUGUUUCAAAUUGAGACAAUAUUUUAUAAUCAUCAUCAAUCUUCCCUUAUGUGCUUUAUUUUUACUUCAGCACUUUCAUAGGCAAGUGUAGAAUUGGCAUGACUGAAUUAAAUUUAAAAUUUGUAGCACUGUUCCAUUGUAUGAUCUCUGUGGUUGGGGACUUGCUAGCUUCUGAAAGGCUUGUUUUGCUUUUGUGUUUUUCAGUUCUAUACAGCCCAGUUUCUGCUUAUUUUGCUUCUGCCUCUUAAAAAAAAAAUUCUCUGAGAAUCUUCAAGUGAGAGGAAAGCUUAUUAGAAUAUAAAAACAAAACAACAACCCUUCAUGUUCUUCCCAAGAGUCUGUCUGGUCAGUAUCCUGUUUUCAACAGUGACCUUAUCCAGAUGCUUCUUGAAAGCCCCAAGCAGAGAAUGAAAGCAACAGCCCUCUCAUGCCGUUUGCCUCUGCGCAGACUGCGCCAUUUAGCUAGUUGAUAGCUCUGUCCUUCCAUUUGUCUAAUACCCUUUUAAUGCCUUUUAGAGUAGCAAAUUACAUAAAUCAGGUAUAUUGGUAUACCAUUUCUAUUUUGUUUUUUUCAUCAAGCACAUAGUUUCCUUUCUCCUUUCUGCUGCAAGAAGCAUGUUAAACAGGUGAUCAUCUGGGGCUAAUCAAUUUUACACCCCUUUGUGCUGCUUUGGGAAAGUAGCCUUAUCUCCUUAACCAGGAUGCAGUUGCCAGGAAAUGAUAAAGAAAAAGUUGUGUGAUGUAAAGCUAAGGCAUCCAAUCAUAUGUGUAGAUGAACUCGGUGGGGCUUAUUUCUGAGUAGACAUGUAUAGGAUUGCAUUGUAAAGUCUCCCAUUCCAAGGACUUGUGCCUCAUAAAGCAUAUUUUUGUUACCUUUCCAGAAGGCCUUAAAACAUUUUACAGAUAAAACUGAGGUAAGCAUAGCUAACACUGUAGUUGUGGUUAAUUUACAGAAGAGAGAUGAGCUCAUCCCCAAGGAUAUUCCUAUAUACUUUAUUUGGACCAGGAAACAGCAUCAAUGUAUAGUUAUUCAUCCCCUAUCAGCACCAAGACCAAACUCCAUGCAGUGGCUGUGCAUCUUGCAUUUUAUGUUGAUGUCUUUGAGUGAUUAGUGGAAUGACUUUUCAUGGUGGUCAUUUUUUAUUUGUUGGUUUGCUUGCCACUGACCUGUGGACAAGGAUUACCUUCUACCAGGCAAGUCUUUGUUUAAACACAAAGUUUAAACAUAUUCUUAGAUGUGCAGGCUAAAAAUACUGAGCCACUAUAAGUGGAAAGCAUGAUAAAGUGUGGGAACUCCUGAUCUUGAUCAAAGGCAGUUUGUGUAGUUUAAACAAGCACACCUGUACAAUAACUCUGUUGCUGUUUUCUUGUGUCAUCAGAUAUAUUGGAUCAAUGAAGUUUAUUGGGUUUAAAUGUAUGAGCCUGCUCAAAGAAACCUGUGAACUGAGUAAUACACACACACGGUUCAAUCCUAAGGCAAUGCACCUACAAAUAUGCUGACUGGUUCUUGUGAGAUAUAUUUCUGAAUAAACAUGGCUAGAAUUGAACUACAUGAAAGUGUAAAACUGCUACUUUAGAACAGUGGCAUACAACAUAAUGGCUAAAUUCCAAAGGGCUUGCAUUAGCCCAAUAGUGAAUUCUUGAACUCCAAAGCCCAGUACUACAUCAAACCAUUUCCUAUGAAAAUGCCUUAUUUGAAGUUAUUUAUUAUUAUUUAUUAAAUUUAUAUUUCACCCUUCAUCGGAAGAUCACAUGGUUGUUUACAAUACAAAACCACAAAAAUGCAUAAAUAAUACCAAACACAAGCAAUACCCCCUGCCCAUUUUAAAUGCUAUAGAUUGUUUAAUUAGCCAAAGGCCUAGGAGAAGAGGAAUGUUUUUGCCUGGUGCCUAAAGAGAUUUAACAAAUGAACCAGAUGUGCCUCCCUGGGGAGAGUAUCCCACAAGCGGGGGCUACUGCAGAAAAGGCCCAUUCUUGUGUUGUUGCCUCUGGACCUCUCACACAAGAAGGGCCUCAGAUGAUGAACGAAGGCUUUGGGUUGGUUCAUAUGGGGAAGAGGUGGUUCUUGAAGGCUUUAUAGGUCAAAACAAGCACUUUUGAAUUGGGUCCGGAAACUAAUUGGACCCCACCACCACCCAAGUGGCUUGGCAGAACAGAAUGGGUGACUGCUGUUCAAGAAGCACAUGUCCAGUGCCCUCUGGGAUGUGUAGAACUAAAUGUGUGUUUUGGAUUCUGGCUGAUAAUGCCUGUAGUGGAGUGAUUCCUAUGAAUGAGGCCAUUAGGAUACACUGAUAAAAAUGUUUUGAGUUGGGGCUUGGGCAAUAAUGAAAAAGAGAGACUUGGCUGAAAUAAUUAAAAUCACAAGUGGGUUGAUAUAUUUGACCAGCUUAUGUUCAAAUUGCUGGAAGUAAGCUUUUGAACUGCACAAACCUCUCCUCCCAUAGUAGAUGUUGAAAUAAAAAAAUAAAACAAAUGAUCCUGUUUACUGAUGUCAGCCGAGCUGUGCUUUGAAAUAAAGUACAUUUUAAAACACGUAGUUGAAAUACUUGGGCCAGAUUUAAAUAAGCAGUUCAGCCAACAGGAGCCAGUGCAACAAGUCCCACUCGUGCAACAGAGCUUUUCUCCUCUCCUCCCCCUGCAUAUGUUCUCCAACAUAAUAGCACGCAGGGGAAGAAGCAGGGAGGUUGUUUCAUCUGGCAAGCAGAAAUGCUUGCACUGAUGGAAUGAUCAUAAUAGCGCAGUGCUGAAUUCCUUCGAUGGUUGUUUUUGCUUUGAACCCUUAAGCCUAGGCCUGAGUCAAACUUCUAAGAAGCUCCCUUCUAGCAUUUUAAACAAACUUGGUAUAAGCAGCUAAGGUGUUGCCUCACUUGCUCUCUGUUUCACCAAUAAUCAUCAGUGGGCUGAUUCUUGGGCAAGUUGUAGGAUACCUAGAGAGGCUGAACUUUAUUGAACAUAGCAAAACAUACUCCAAGGUAUUAACAAUAGCCUAUACUCAAACAUUGUGGCUAAGGCAAAAGGAACAGACUAUCUGGAGUGAUCAACCUCUAGCUGCAACAUGCCCUCUAGUCAGAACGCCACCUUGGUACACAAUUUCUGUAGCUUGUAGGAUUUCUGUCAGUGAUUUAUGAUCCAUGUGAUAUUAUUUUUGUUCCUUAAUCAUUAAUUUUGUGCACAAAUAUGCUGCUCACAUCCUCCCAAGCAUUCCAACCCCGCUUAAAAUUGAGAGGAUAUUUUAUUAAGCUAUGUCACUGACUCAUAUGUUCCGGUACUGGCGAGAUAAAGUUUUUCUAGUGUGUUUGCUGUUCCUUGUAGAACUUGGUUAAUGUAUGUUUCAUUGCAUGAAGUAAACCUGUGACUUGUGUGUUUGCAUUUUUCAAAAAAUAUUUCAAUAAACAUUUUCAUCAUACAGCCUCAGCCUUCCGUCUUUCCUUUGCUGCUGUGAAGAAAGAAGAAAAUGAACUGCAGAGGUAAAGGGGGUGUUGGUCUGAGUUCUUUUCUAAGCGAAAUGUUGCACAGGUUCAAUUCCUGCUAUCUCCAGUUAAGGUAAAUGUAAAGGUAAAGGACCCCUGGAUGGUUAAGUUCAGUCAAAGGCGAAGAAUCUCAGCUGAGGGAAAUUCCUGCCUGGAACCUUGGGGAGCCACUGUCUGUCAGAGAACAACAGAUGUGUCAUGUUGGUAUAUUGUUGGGUUGAAAUCACGACAGACGAAUGGUGGGUGUCAAAGGAGAGGCGUCUGCCCGGGGCAAGUCCCGGGAACUCUCUUUUAUUGAAUAUUACAAACAUUGCCACAGGUGUGCUUGUGGCUGAUUGGCUGAUACAAACACAAAGCAUCUUGUUGCUGAUUGGUUAACAUAGGUACAAGGCGGGAAUAACAUAUGACAUCAAUCAGUGAUAGUUCAAAAGACUGGGAACGGAGCUGGAACUAGACAGGCAUGAAACCUCCUAAUUAAAUUAUAACUAAAGAUUGAUAUUGAGAGAACAUAACAUGAAGGAAUACAACAAUCACGUUCUGUAGAUGUGGUCAGCAAUGCAUUAAGAACAGGUCAGGAUACACUGUUUCAUGAACUCAAUGGAAACUGUUCAGAACAUUCUCAGACUUAUGUGCAGAGGCAAAAACUUCCCAGAAUGUAAGAGAGAAAAGAAGCAAUAGUGCUCAUAGUAAGCAUAGAAAGAUUUCAUAGUAAGACUUCCCACAAUGCAACAGUUAUGUGCAGUAAGAGAACUGCAGAAAGAGAACUUCACAGUGAGAGAACUGCAGAAAGAAAACUUCCUUCAUCUCCCCUUUCUUUUCUUGUUUGCGAGGCUUUCUAGGUAGAUAAGGCAAAAAUACUUCGGGAUUAGUGGUGUGCCAGCGAAUGCCCGAAAUAAGCUUGCCAGGGUCGAUGGGACAAAAGUACUUCAGGAUACGUGGUUUGCCAGCGCAUGCCCAAAAUAAAUCCGCCCACAUCUCCCCUAAGGUUUACUGUUGGUGUUGCCAUUUCGCAAUGUAAGCAGCAAGGAGUUUACUGGGUGGGGGUGGGGGGAGAGAAGCCGAGAGAAAAGACUCAUGAAGCUAGGAACGCAUUGAAGAAAACAGCGUGGUAAAAUAAGAAUACAAAUUAAAUAAGAAUACAAAUUAUGAAAAUAGCAUAUUGAAAAAGAUUACGAAGCCAAGUAAGGUUUGGCAACCAAGCGGUAAGCCACUGGGUGAAAGAAUCCCAGAGGCCAGGAAAACCAAUGUCCUGUUUAAUGUGAUGUGUAAGAUUUUGCAAAUGAGAGAUUUGACUUUGAAUGGCUCUUGAAUUGUCAGUAAUAUUGAAACAACACAUGUCAUUCACUUGUUCACAGCCAUAAUGAUGAAGCAUCAGCAAAUAAUCUAUAGCACGAUUUCGUAAAAGUCCAUUAUAUAGUUCACUGUUCUUUAUUCAAAAGGGGUUAUAUAAUGUAAAAGUCCAUUUUGUAAAAGGAUUUUGUAAAAGUCCAUUGUGGAGUGCACUGUUCUUUAUUCAAAAGGUGAAGGGCUUGUGAAAUAUAAUUCAGAGUUUUUGCUGCAUAACAAGCUAAAGAAGUAAUGUUCACACGAUUCCGUACAGCCAAUCCAGGGACUCCUAAGAGAGAAGCAACUAAAGAGAUAUAUUCAGACCUACUGAGAAGAGAGACAAAAGCAUCACAAUCAUUAGUCAAUUCAAUAUUGCAGCGAUAAAAUGAUGGACAAACGGCUUAAACAGCAAGGUGUGCCAUGGCUGAUGUUUGCUGGAAUGUGAUUAAACGUAUAGCCAGGACACGACCAGAAGAUUUCCAGUUGAGGAGAAGUGCAAGCUUACUCAUUAAAUUGAAUGGUAGCUUGUAAUUGCUGUAGCAAGUCUCUUCCCCACAGAUUGAGGUGGAUUUUCAGCACACAGGGCUGGAUGUAAGCAAUGGUUUCAGAGCUAUCAGGCAGAGAAACAGGCAGCCACUGUACGCUUUUGGAAGAGGUUUGGGGCCACCCACACCCCAGACAGCAGAGGCAGACUCAAGGGGCCACGUGGGGUCCCAGCAACUACUAGAAAUUACAGAAACGUCUGCGCCUGUGUCAAUCAAGCCUUCCAGCACAAUACCAUUGAUUUUAUACUUACGAAGAAGUUUCUUCUCACCAAUCCUCUGGACUACAGCUAACAGCUGUGGAGGGAAAGAAGAGAGCUCGUGCAAAUUAGUAUCCAUAAUAGAAGCAGUAGGAUGAGAGGGAGCACCACCAAAUGCGCCCAAGACUCACCCUUUUUUAAUUGCAUGGGCAUAUGGCUCCAGAGUUGAACCAUUAUUGUGCCUACAUAGUCAGGAUCCAGAACUCCAGGAAUAACCUGGAUUCCUUCCUUUGCCGCAGAAAAUUUGGGUAAAAUUAAACCUGCGACUUUAGGAGGCAGGGGACCUGCCAAUUGAGUGGGCAUAAGCACAAUUUCACCAGGUAGAACAGAAUCUUUGGUCUCUUGAUUGAUCAAAUCAAUUGCAAAUUCAGAGGGUGGUUUUUGAAAAGUUUGCAGCAGCAGAAAUUAAAGGCGAGCUCUCAAAUUUCCUGGGCUCUCUAAUUUUCCUGGCCCGAGAGCGAGGCCGGGAUGGAGUUUCCCGAACUCCUGCAUUGAUUAGCCCAAUGAUAGCCUUUGCCACAUUUCGGGCAUUUUUAGAAGGUUUAGCUUUAGAGGCAGAACCAUCCUUGUGUGCCCCCCGCCAGAGGCUCUGCAUUGCUUGGCAAAAUGGCCUGGGCGCUUGCAAUUAAAGCAGUUACCAGUAGGCUUAGUGGUUGCUUGGAUUGCGCCGGCAAGCAAGGACAUCGCAUGGCUCUGGCUACCGACAUCCGCACAAGCUUGAAUCAUAUCGGCCAGUUCAUAUUUAGGGCGAUGUAUGAUUGACUGCAAAGCUUUCUUGCAAUCAGUGUUUGCGUUUUCAAAGGCCAAUUUUUUCAUCAAUUCAUUUUGAGCAGUGGUGUUAUCAAUCUGCCUAGUGACUGAUUCUUUCAAUCUAUCUAUAAACUGAUGGUAUGGCUCCGAAUGCUGUUGCUUAACAUUUACAAAGGAGCUCAGCGGUUGACCAGAAACAGGGACUUUCCGAAAGGCGCGUUGUACACAGGUCGCGGUGCGAACAAAAUGUACAGGUGUCAGUGUUGCUUGGGCAGUUAUAUCAGCAAACUGACCAGCACCAUAAAGUUCAUUGGCAGUAUGUUGAGGAUCAGACAGGGCUGAAGCGCUAUGUUUAAAUUCACUCUCAAACACCACAUACUGAGCAGGGGACAAAAGCAUGCGCAUCAGGUCUUUCCAGUCCUGAGGUAGCAUAAUGUAGCCAGUUGCUAUGCCUUCUAGCAUCCCUGUCACAUAAGAGGAUUUCAGACCAGAAUCAGCAAUGGCUUUCCUUAAUUCCCUCAUUACAGAAUAAGGAAGCGAUUCAUAAUAAAUCUGCUGUUGAGCAGUUCCAGGGUUUGAAUAAGAGAUAGGGAAAGCAGACGGCAUUUCACCUGGCCACUCAGACUCCUCCUCUAAGGACAGGAGCCCUUUUGCCUUGCCAGAGAGGCGCAGCACGCACAGCUCCUAUAGAGCAAACAGGGGCUGUGGCAGGAGGAGGAGGGAUGGGGGGGGGAGGAAUCAGGCUGAGGCGGAGGGAUGGGGGGGGAGGAUGCAGGCUGAGGAGGGUGAGACGCAGGGAGGGAUUGGCUGGGCUGCAAAGGAGAAGGAGGUAAAAGUUUCGGGUAAGGGGGGGGAUUGUCUGCGAUGGCCAGAAGAGGAGACGCCUGGGGUCCCAAUUGGGGCCCUAAUUUAGCAACGGCAUCAGCACAUUUCUGCCAAGUGAGCAGACAAUGAAUCGGAGCCCUAGGUUCUGCAAAAGGGUCUUUCCGAUCUUUUGCCAAGUCUCUACGUCCAAAGAUCCAGCCUCUGGAUAAAAGACGCAUUGGCAAUUUAUCUCACAUAGCAAUUGUUCAAUUUCUUUUAAGGAAAUAUUAACACCCACCUCCCGCUGUCUAACUAAAUAAAGCAACUCUUUAGCAUGCUCUUUCUGGAGCUUAGUCAAGUCCCCUCCCAUACUCACGAAGUAGCGCGCUGAGACUUUUCCAGUCGGGUGAAGUAUGAGGUUUGGCUGCGUAAGGGAUCUGGCACGUCGGGGUCACCAGAUGUUGGGUUGAAAUCACGACAGACGAAUGGUGGGUGUCAAAGGAGAGCGUCUGCCCGGGGCAAGUCCAGGAACUCUCUUUAUUGAAUAUUACAAACAUUGCCACAGGUGUGCUUGUGGCUGAUUGGCUGAUACAAACACAAAGCAUCUUGUUGCUGAUUGGUUAACAUAGGUACAAGGCGGGAAUAACAUAUGACAUCAAUCAGUGAUAGUUCAAAAGACUGGGAACGGAGCUGGAACUAGACAGGCAUGAAACCUCCUAAUUAAAUUAUAACUAAAGAUUGAUAUUGAGAGAACAUAACAUGAAGGAAUACAACAAUCACGUUCUGUAGAUGUGGUCAGCAAUGCAUUAAGAACAGGUCAGGAUACACUGUUUCAUGAACUCAAUGGAAACUGUUCAGAACAUUCUCAGACUUAUGUGCAGAGGCAAAAACUUCCCAGAAUGUAAGAGAGAAAAGAAGCAAUAGUGCUCAUAGUAAGCAUAGAAAGAUUUCAUAGUAAGACUUCCCACAAUGCAACAGUUAUGUGCAGUAAGAGAACUGCAGAAAGAGAACUUCACAGUGAGAGAACUGCAGCAAGAAAACUUCCCUUCAGUAUAUGGCCGCUUCAUAUGCUCAUAAAGGUUCUGUCUCACUCCUGUAAGACAGUUAAGCACUUAUUGCUACAGAGGCCCUUUGCACAUUUUUUUAAAAAUGGCCAGAGCUCUUCUUCACACAGUUAAUUUCUGCCUAACCUCACCUACUCAAGGUCCCCUUAAUUGCUCCCAAGUGUUCUCUCCAGCACUGAGGGGUCCAGGUGGCUCCAUAGUAUUCUGGGGAGCUUCGGGCUAUGAAGGAAGUGGGAUGAAGGCUACAGUGCAAGUGUCACUCUGAAGGUGCCCAAGUACUGAUUAGUGCACAUGCCAUAAGUGUGGGCCCCGGACCAGUGGCUGGAUGCAGUGGUGAGAUGGAUGACGGGGAAAAUAAGCUGACCUUGAAUCCUGGCAAGACAGAGGCUAUGUGUGUGAAUGGUUCCUGUGCCUGAGAAUUGCUUGCCCUGGGUGGGGUUGCCCUCUUGCUGAAGGAGUAGGUAUGCAGUGCUCUGAGAUCCAGCUUUGUCACUGGAGGACCAGGUAGCCUCAGUGGCUAGAAGUGGCUUUUACCUGCUGCAACAAAUGCACUCCGUGUGCGCUUGACCAGGAAACUGCAGUUAGUGAAGAAUGCUGCAGCACAGUUCCUGACAGGAGUGAGACCCUAUCAACACACAGCACCCCUGUUCAGAAGUCUGCACUGGUUGCCAGUUUGUUACUGGGCCAAGUUCACGGUGUUACUAUUGGUAUAUAAAGCCUUUGACAGCUUGGGACCUGUUGCCUUACCUCAUAUAUGCCCACUUGACAUUUUGAUCUGUGGAACUGGCACUGUUACAGGUGCCAACUAAUAUUUGUUCUGCACUCGUAAGAAAUCAGUCUUUUGGUGUGGUGCACCUCCACUUGGAACUAUGUACAUCAGGCAGGUGCCUUCACUGUAUUCUUUUCAACACCUGCUUAAAAAAAAUAUUUAGGCAUGACUAUCCAGAGACAUAGAUGUUGACAUGUCUUAAGAUAUUUUUAGUCUACUGCUAAUUUUAAUCUUUAGUAUUAUUAAUUGUUUUUAUGUGGUUUUUAUUGAUUAUUUUAAUUCUUGUAAGCUGCCUAAGAGGUUUUAUUACAAUCGAGCAGUAUAUAAAUUUUGUCAAAUAAAUUCCAAAAACACUGACACUGUAAGGCUUGGCUAUGAUGGCAUUCAACUCUUCUUAUCUGUACUGUUUUGAGAGUGUGCACGGUCUUACACCACCAAUUCUUUCAAAGAGAUUAAAAGGGAAACCUCUGAAAUAUAAAUGGAGCGGUGAAAAUUCUAUAUCAACUAUACUGUACUAGUUCAAAAUUCAGCAUCUUAUUAUUAUUAUUUUUAAUACAGAGGUGCAAUUCAUAGAAUGGGGUAUGUCAGCAAUGCCUAAUGACCUUUCAGAAGCCAGAUAGAGGGACUGAGCAGAAUUUCUAGGGUGUGAGUGGCAAUGGGGAAGGAAAUGGGGAAGGAAAUGAAAGCCUUCAGUGCCCUGCCUAAGUUUCUGAUCCUGCUUCUGCUAGUCACAAGUAAAAGCCAUGACGCAAGAUGAGAAAAUGCAAACAACUGUGGUUGAUUUUCAUAAUUCUCCAGUUAGGGAAGGCUUCUUUAGACUAUGAUAUACACCCCCCUGAUAAUAAGGAAGCAACUGAUGAUAUGAUAAAACUAAGGGGAUUUAUCACAUGAGCUACUUACUAGGCUUCUGUCUCUUCAGUGCUUCUCCAAGGUUACUGCUUUAUUGCUGCCUGGAAGGGCAUUCAUAGUGCAAAAAACAAAUCAAAACAUCAGUACUGAAAACCCCCAGGAUACUUGUGGUAGGAACAAUUACAGGAUUUCAGUAAAAAGCCACAGGACAUACACCACGUAGAAAACAAAGUUUCACCCUGACAUUCCUGCUGGCACCACAAACCAUAUUUAAAGUAGAUGGUAUAUACCGUCUUGAGCAAAAAUAAUGAUUGCAUAAUUAAAAGGAUGCCUGGAGUGGGGGGCAGAGAUCCCUUGCCUUAAAAAUAAAUAUACAAUAGAUACUUACUUGCUGCUAAGAGGGCUCUCGGAUUCUAACAAUAUGCUCCCCUUGCAAAUAAUUGUGUUAGCCUAUAUUUGUAGGCUCGUAUUUGAAACACAUGUUGUGUGAGCUAAAUAAACAGGAAAUACUUAAAUCUUGCCUGCAUUCGGAUCUUUUGGCUCAUUUAGAAUAUGAAGUCAAAUUUCAUUCAGUGGUGGGCAUUUUAUAUACCAAUGGAAGCUACCCUCAUUGCACACAGCCUCAUCGUGGAGGUUUUCUUGGUUUUUUUGUUUUGCACAGGCAGCUGAACAAACUUGCAUCACGAGGCAGCCUGGAGCUAGACCAAGCUGAUUAUCCGAAAACAUGGAUAAAUGUUCUCUUCUGAUUGUGUGCUCUGCUUUAAGUAGUUUUUUCCUCCAAGGGACAAAUAGCCCUGAAGCACGAAACUGCAAUAAUGAGCACAUUACAGUACUGGGGACAAACACAUAAGUGUGAGAUGUUGCAGUGCUGACAUGACCAGUGUUCAUAGAGUUGCAAGGGAUCCUGAGGUUAAUUCUAGUCCAAACCCCUGCAUCUGUUCAGAUGCAUUGGCUAGAAAACCAAAGGCCAUUUUUCCUCACUUCCUUUGGCGUUUGGCUGCAUAUUAUCCAUGUUUCUAUUUGGAUAACACAAGCUACAGGCAAAACAGGAGAAUAAUUUUGCACAGGCUUUUACAGGCAGGGAUGGUGCUAGCAUUAGGCAGUAGAUGGCAGAAGCCCUCAAGCAAUCCCUCUAGCACACCCUCCCAUUCCCCUCAUUUGGAAAUCAAAACUCUGUGUGCCACAGACUUGCCAUCUAAACUAAACUAAACGUGCUAAACUAGUCUGCUUCCCUGAAGUGCACUGGAAAAUAUUAUCCUGUCACCAUCAUUGAAGUAAGAUUCAGCUACCAGUCCAGUCAACUUCUGUACUUGGGAGAGGGGCUGCUAUCUUGCCCUUUGCCUCAGGCAGCACCAUGUCUUGGGCUGUCGGCUUACACAGAUUUCUGCUUCUGACCACCAAAGCCUGUGAAAGGCUGAGGGAAUCUCCAGGAAAGGAGGAAAGGGUCCACAUGAAGAGUGGUUGGCAAUAUCUGAAUAUAUAAAGCAGGCAUAGGCAAACUCGGCCCUCCAGAUGUUUUGAGACUACAACUCCGAUCAUCCCUGACCACUGGUCCUGUUAGCUAGGGAUGAUGGGAGUUGUAGUCCCAAAACAACUGGAGGGCCGAGUUUGCCUAUGCCUGAUAUAAAGCUUUGAAUGUUGUAAAACUAUUUCAACAUGUCACGUUAAGUUACAAAAUGUUCCCUAAUAGAAGUACACUGUGUUGCCCACCAAACAUGCCAUAUCUCCAAAGUGACCUUUGGUCUUUUCAUCUUGCUUUCAAGUAGAGCUAAUAGAUGCCACGUCUUGGAGAACAUCAGCAGGAGAAAUAUGAUGGCUUUCUCUCCCUCGUUUUCUUCCACCCCACACUCUUUUCAUUGCACAACAGAAAUGGAUAUUGGCUCAAAGUGAGUAGCUUUUAAGGAGCUGUCUACAAAGGCACAUUAGUCCAUCUAGCUCACUAUUGUCAUCGUACUAAAUAGCAGCUCUCCAGGGUUUCAGGCAAGGAACAUUUCCAGCGCUACCUUGAAAUGCUGGAGACUUGACCUGGAACAUUUUACUGCGGUGGCUCCAGCACACAAUAAGGCAAAACGCUUAGGAAACCGAAGAGAGGUUGGUUUGUUUUUAGCAAGAGCUUAUAGAAUGAAAAUGCUGAGACACCUCCGGCUGGGUGUGGUUUCCUUGUUUGCAGCUUAUUUGAAGCAGGGGGUUACACCCUUGUUCACAUUUUGAGAAGGCUACCCUAAUACAAAACAGGAGUUUUGAAUUCAAGUCCAGUUCCCUGCAUCUUCGACUUCAGGUAUUAGGCCUGAGAAAGCUAAGCUUUGCCUAAAAUGUUGCAAAUGUUGUGCAGUCGUGCAUAUUUAAAUUAAAUGAGUUUUAUUAAGCAGGUUGACAUAGAUUCACAUUUUAUGCUUUUAAUACUAUUUUUAAAAAAUGUUUGUUGGUUUAACAGUCUGAGUAUUGUUAUAAAUACUCAAGCUCCCUUAUUUCUUGUCCAGCAACAACUUUACAACCUUUAUUAGAAGAAACCCAGUGAGUAGAUUUUAAAUGGCUUAAUUGUUCCUAAUGGUCUUUGAGAGUGUUAAGUGUGUCAUUAACAGAUACAUUUGAUUCAGGUGGCCUGUCAGAUUUUUUAAGCCAUCUGUCUCAAAAGAUAAGCAUUUCUGAGAAGAGAAUUGCACAAUACAUUUGAGAAAUUUCUGAAGUAUUUGGAUUGGUUUCAUCACAGGCACCCAAGACCUGCUGGGCCGAUGCUGCUGAGAAAAAAACAGUCUCCAUCAACACAUAAACAUGUGUCUGACCAAACACAAACAUGAGUCUGACCAAACUGCGGGAGGCAGUGGAAGACAGGAGUGCCUGGCGUGCUCUGGUCCAUGAGGUCACAAAGAGUCGGACACGACUAAACGACUAAACAACAACAAUCAACACAUAUGACAACUAAUAUACAUGAGACAAUAAGUCUUACUUAAAAACUGUCUCACCUACUUGAUCUCAUUUUUUUUUUAAAAUCCUACUAACACACUGGUUGGUCAGUAACUGCAAUGGCUCACCCGUUUUCUCCUACUCAACAGUAACAUUGAAAUCUUAUGCAUACCUACUCAGAAGUAAACCCCACUGAAUUCAAUGGGGCUUACUCUAUGGGAAUUGUAAUUAGAGUUGCAACCUAGAAAACAGAAUCUGAUUAUUUAGUUGGUAAAAAAUGAAAUCCUAACUGCAGUACAUUGUUUGACAGGAACUGGUAGACUAUAUAUUUAUUUGGACAGCAAUUUGAUACAUUAACCUUCCCCAACCUGGUGCCCUCCAGAUAUUUUGUACUACAACUCCCAUCAGCCCCAGCCAAUGCUGGUUGGGGCUGCUGGUUUCCAAAUCAUCUGAUGGGCAUCAGAUUGGAAAAUGGUGCUAUAGACACUUAGGUCCCAUUGAACUUAAUAGAACAGAUCUGCAGAGGAAUUCACUGUCAGUCAAUUUAUAAGCUGCUCUUCAGAAAUAGGACCAUCACAGUGCAAACUACAUGUUUACUCAGAAUAUUGAGUUCAAUAGGACUUUCAAAUAAAUGGGUGACAUACAAACUAUUUCCUUUCUCAAUCGCUUCCCAUGAGGCACUAUAAUGACAUAUAAAAAAAUGAAUUGCAUAUAAAAACAAUUUUUAAAAUCCUAUAAAUAUUAAAAACAGUUUAAAACAACACCACAUACAUAAAAUCAGUUCAGAUUCAGAACAGCAAGUGGGAUACAGAUUUUAUAAGGUUUGGCGAAAGAGGAAUGUUUUUAGCAGGCAACAAAAAGCUCAGAGAGAAGGUGCCUGUCUGAUAUGCAAAGCGUUCCAAAAGCUAAACAUAAGAUGUCUUUAUUCACACAUCUCAUUUCAGUGGCCAGAAUUACUCUUCAUUCGUUUUGUGUGUCCUGAUGCCACUGCCUAUGCUUGGAGAGAUUUCCCAGGUGUGGUGGGGCUAUAAACAAAAUCUGAGAGAGAAAGGCAAGGCUUCUUCUCAUUUUGCAGUUAGGAUGGUCUGUGCUCUGGCCCCAAGAUGCUGCUAGGCCUUGGGGCCAAAGCCCAGGAUCUCCACCCCCGGCCAUCCAUAGGGCAGGAGCAGCAGCGAACAGUUUCCAGGUCUGAUGCUGAUUUCUGCAGCAUGUGAAAGUGCAGGUGCUCAGAGUAUUCCUCUUUUUUAAAACCAGGGCUGACAACUAUUUGCUCCCUCUGUAUCAGAAAUAUAGCAGCAGCUGCAAUACAUGGAGAAAUGUCAAUGGUGCGCGCUUCACAACUGGAAUCAUACCUAUGCCAUCAAAAGCGCCCCACUCCACGCACGUCGAGGGUCAAAUAUUUCCGAACUGCACCAGCUUUCUAGCCUGCCCCUUAAACCACCAAGUAUUUCUCUCCCCCCCCCCUCUUGCAAAUAAACCACGGUCGGCCUUGUCACACCUGAAACUGAUCAAACAGGGACCAGGAAACUGGUUGAGACCAAAAAGCUCCGCCCUGGAAUAUGCGGGGCUAUAAUAAAGAGCACCUCUGAGCAGCAGCAGAGUGCCCGCGCCCAACCCAAGCCCGCCGCGUGUCGACCUACCCAGACUUGGGACCGAGGAGCAGCUUAUGCCACCCUGACUCGCCCGUGGUGUCUGGGUGGGCGCCUUUGGGCCUCAAAGCGCCGCUCCCUCUGCCAUGCUCUCCGGUGCUUCCAGUUUUCUGAGUCUGGAUGGCUUGGGAACGCCCCGCCGGCGAUGGAGCUGGGCCCCCGGAGGCCUCUGGCAGCGGGGGGAGGCCGCCUUAGCCCCGCAGCCCCGCGGAGGGGCGGAUUUCUCCCGGCGGGAAGGCAAGCUCCACUUCUACGCCCUCUGGUCUCUGCGCGAGCCGCCCCGGCAGCUCAGUAGGUGAGGCCUGCGCGCGGCGGCUCGCCUUUCCCGCCAUCCUGGAGGGUGAAAGCGGGCAAAGGUUUAGGGAAAUUUAUGCGCCAAAAAGCCUGCGACUCAGGUUCACAGGUCACUUUUACGAUACGGUGUUUUCGCACGUGAAAACCAACAGCAACCAUGAAAGCAGCGAAGAGGCUUGUGCGACACCGGGAGCCUAACUACUAGCAACGUUUUGGGUGCGUUAGGGUUGCCAACUUCUCAGCUAGCCAGUGUUGGUGUGUGCCUUUAACAGCAGCUUGAUGAGCAGACAUUUGCAGGCGGUGUUGCUUAUCUACAUGCUGCAAAAAGCCGAUUUCUGCAUGACCAGCAGAUAAGCACUUAAAAUAGGCAUGGAUGUUUGCAACCUUUCACCGUUUCCCAUAUGAAAAUAAGUGUGUGUGUACCUGCAUUAUCCCAGUUCUCCCACCCAAGUCAAGGCCUGGCCAGAACUCUUCAUUGCUGAUUUUUCUCCCUUUAUGCAUUUUUCUGUAUCUACUCUUGCACUAUUUUAUGAAUCCAUUGUGUAUUAGAAAGCUGAUUAGCAUUAAAAUUCAUAUCCUCUAUUUUAGCUCCUUAGGGGUCUAGGUCUUUUAACUUCCACUUAUUCAGCAGAAUGUCUAAUCUCACAGUGCAUCUGGCUGCUUUUGUUACACAACAUACAUUAGAACUAAUUGAACAGUGUUUAGUAUCUGAAUAGGCAAUUAUGGGAAGCAAGAUGGAAGGGAAGUUAGAGGAAUCCACAAAACCAUCAAGAUAUAAAAUGGGGGCAGCUAUUGGAGAAUAUAGACUGCACCUGGUAAAUGGGGACUGCUGGAGCCCAUGCACAUAAUGCAAAGAAAGCCGCUUUAAAAGCAAUGUUCAUAAUUGGCACAAUGAAGGGUUUCUAUUCAGGUUACACACAGUGUGAGCCUCACAUUUGUAAAUGCCCUCAGUUGGGUCCCUUCUGUCCUAGAAAGAUAGUUCCAAAAUUUCAAAGCAGGUUGUCAACCCCCCUUUCUUCUUUUAGGGAACAAGUGAGAAGGAAUCCCUUUGCUGUAUACAUGCUAUUAUACCUUUAAAGCACAUUUUCCCCUCAAAGAAUUCUGGGCACUGUAAUUUACCCCUCAGAGUUAACUACAGUGCCCAUAAUUAUUUGAGGGAAAAAUGCGCUUCAAAUGCGCUUUACAGGUAUUGUGCACAUGGGCGUAGCCAGGAAUUAUUUUAGGGGGGCAGGCUUUAUGUUGGAGCAGAACCGAGUUAUCUGCGACACAAUUGGUCAGUUAAGUAUUUUUAUUUAUUUACUGUACUUGAUUUAGUGUGGGAGUCAUAAAGCCACGGCAAAGGCUUGUAAUAUUGCAGGGUGCCUCCUGACCUCGGCUGACCAGCACUCUGAGCUUUACAAUGUAUUGGAAUGUAUUGACCUUAAAUGGAGUUGUGUUUCCUCUGGGCAGUGAUGACCCUAUAUGGUGAUGGGUGUAAUAAAAGCCUUGACCGGAUGAGGUAACGUGAGACAUUGGCAAACGGCCAUGCGGCUGGAGAGAGACAAAGGAUAAUAAUAAAAGCUACGGGGGAGAGAGAAGUUCGAAAAGGAGCUGCUCAUACCAUCCUGAAAAUAUUGCUGGCUCUCUGUGUCUUUAUUUUAUGCUAAACUGCGCCAUUUGUAACGGCUGGCUCCGACAAUUUAGGAGGGCAGCUGUCCCCUCUGUCCCCUCCUGGCUACAUCCAUGAUUGUGCGUACACAGCACCAGUCUUUCCCCCUCUUGUUUUCCAUCACUAUGAAUCCUUUCUUCUCAGUUUCCUUCCAUGCUAUCCCUUUUGAGACUAAUAUAUUUUCUCUUCUCUCUAAGCAAAUGCCGUCAGAAAUGUUACCAGACUCACUUACCACUUCCGCUGCCCAAACACCUAGUGGUCUUUGGUUUGGGUGACUGGAGCCGCUAUUCUCAGAAGACAAGCAUCAUUGUAGAAAUAUUAGUGAAUCCAAAUGUUAAGCCACAAAAGAUUGGCAAGCUGGGGCCUGAAACAAGGUAAAUUCUAGAUAAUUAGUGAAUUUUGGUGCCAGUAUUGAUACUUGUUAGCAUGCCAAGUGCUUUCCAAACACACUGUGAGGAAGUUCUUUAAAAAACUGUAUGAGGGAAUAAAUUAUUUUAAAAGCAGAGAAUGUGUCCAGGGCCAGCAAAGGCUGGAUCUGAACUCAAGACUUCAGGGAUCAACAUGCUAUUAGUUACAGCAGCUGUCAUGAAGAUGUUGUGCUAUUGCAACCUACCAAAUCCAUUUGUUCUGCUAUGGACAGUCUUUAAAGCUUAAGAAUGUAUUGUCAGUUUAACUCUAUCAGCUAUUGAAAUAAAAGUAAAAUUAUCUCAGAGCAAGAAAAUAGUGAUCAGUGUGUUUUACUUAAGCAGGUGUUUGGUAUGGGAAGGUGACUGGCGAGUGGAUGUUUUGAUGGCUUCAUUAAAGCAGGAAGAGAAUGGUAACCCUGUUAAGCUUCUCUUGACUGUCGAGGAACAGGUAGGAAAGUUUUCUAUCUUGUCAUUUCUGUACUCCCUGCCUACUGAGACUGGGUCCAUGUGGAUUCAUUUUUAACGUGACCCAUAUAUACAGAUAUGAAAAUGGAAGUCUUAAAAGUAUCCGUUCCUGUAAUGCCACUUGUUAAUGAAUAUUGAUAUGCUGUGUAAUUAUUAUUCUGUCUUGUGAUGGCCAUGUGCCCUGAAAGUUUAAAUACUUUGCCUAAAAUAUAAGUAAAACAUCAAAUAUAGGCCCUAAGUAUCUGAGGGAGUCCCUCCUUCUUCAUAGACACGUUCAACUGUUGAGAUCUGCAGGGGAGGCACUGCUGGUAGUUUUGCUACCCUAUCAAGUUUGUAGGCAGGAAUGCAUGAGAGGACAUUCUCUGUGGUGGCCCCCAGGUUUUGGAAUGCCCUCCCCUUCUGGCCUCAUCAUUAUAUACAUAUCAACGCCAGGUCAUAAUGCACCUUUUGCAUAGGUUUUUGGGUUGCAGGACGAGUUCAGAAUACCUUUCCCACUGUAGUGUUGUUCCUGUUUCCUGACUGCUGUUGAUUAGGUUUAAUUUAUUGCCUAGUAAUGUUUGUGUGUUACAUAGUUUGCUUGUUGUAUUGAGCUGUAUGUAACUAUCUCUAGAACAAAAUGAUGAAGGGCAGCCUGUAAAUGCAUAUAAACAAACAAAUCUCAGAUUGAGUAGCUACAUGUGAGAUACCCCAGCUUUUUGAUUUGGACCUGAAAACUGGUUGGAAGCCAGUGACUACAAAGCAUGGGUGAAAUAUGUUCGUAUCUCCCAGUUUCCAGCAUAUUUUAAAGGCAGCCCAUGUACAGAACAUUGCAAUUAUACAAUUAGUACAAUAAUACAAACCAGGUUGGCCUCCUCAUCCACAAUUAAAUUAUGAAUAAGGGAGAUUUUAUUAUGGACUAACCUGGCAUUUAAUAGCAACGCUGACAGGCUCAGGGUCAUACCGGUUGCUGCUAUGGCAACCAUGAUCCGUCUGACCGAGGGAGAGACCCAAAGAGGGAACAGAUAGAUACCCACUCAGUCUACCCUGUUACACAGCCCGUCACAUCCUUCAAACCAUACCUCCCUCUCUUUAAAAGCCUCCAGUGUAGGGGGCUACUCAUCUGUGCAUUGCCUUUUGACUCAAGUUGCAAGUGUUGUUCUGAUGUGUGUGUCUCUCCUCCUUAGCUGCUCAACAGCACCCCCACCCGCCCAUUUCAGGCCACAGAGCCUAAUCAGUCACCUGUCCUUCCAGAAGAUACAGGUCAGCGAUUGGAUGAGCCACCUGAGGUAGGUUUAUAGAUAGAACUCUCCUUUUGGUGGCUAACUGCUUGUUGUUAACCUCUAGGACCAUGACCAGUAUACAAGUUACACAGACAGGUAGUGGAAUUCUGGAAGCGUUAUUCCUACUGAGGGAAUGGAGAAGAGGAGGAGAGUACAGUGGAACCUUGGGUUACGUACCAUCCUCCUUACGAACACUUUGGGUAACAAGCUCUGCUAACCUGGAAGUAGAUGCUCCUGGUUGUGAACUUUGCCCCGGGAUGCAAGCGGAAGUCACGCAUCGGUGGUGCAGUGGCAGCAGGAGGCCCCAUUAGCAAAAGCAAGCCUCAUGUUAAGAACGGUUUCGGGUUCAGAACAGACCUCCAGAACGAAUUAAGUUUGUAACUGGAGGUACCACUGUAAUUCUAUUCCCCACACCAGAGAGAGGGCUACAUGAAACCUUUCUGCCUAUUUUCUACAUGCAGGGAUGUUUGUGUUUUGUUUUGUGUGGGAAAGUGUGGAAAAAUAUAUCUACAUCUACAAUCUGAAGUGGUUCCUUCCAGAUUUCUGCUACCAUAUUCUGUGUGAUCUGUAGGACUGCUUCAGGUCAUAGACUUAGAGCAAUUGCUCAGAGAUUGUGUUUGUGAUCAAAACUCCGUAGUGGAAACUUCAUUUGGCGUUUCACACCUAACAAAUUUGCAAGUGACGCCAAACUUGAAGGGAUAGCUAAUGCCGCAGAAGACAGAAUCUGGAUUCAAGAUAACCUUAAUAGAUUGGAGAACUGGGCCCAAAUGAAGAAAAUGAAUUUCAAUAGGGACAAAUCACAAGUUCUACACUUAACGCAGGAAUAUUUAGCUGCACAAAUAUAAUGAGGGACACCUGGCUUGCCAGUAGUACAUAUGAAAAGGAUCUAGGUAGACCACAAGCUGAACAUGAGUCAACAGUGUGAUGCAGCAGCAAAAAAAGCUAAUACUAUUCUAGGCUGCUUCAACAAAUGUAGAGUGUCUGGAUCAAGGGAAGUAAUAGUACCGCUCUAUUCUGCCUUGGUCAGACCACACCUGGAAUACUGUGUCUACUGUAACAAUUUAAGAAGGAAUGUAUGCAAGCUGGAAUGUAUGCAGAGGAGGGCAACCAAGAUGAUCAAGAGUCUGGAAACCAAGCCUUAUGAGGAAGAUUGAGUGAGUUGGGGUCUAUGAUUCUAUAAGUGCUUGGGCCUUUGAUGAACCCUGCUGGAGCAUACCUUCUGCUCCUAACAGUGGUUUACCAGAUGCUUUGGGGAAAACUCUCAAGCUGGACAGAACAGGAGCAAAGCAUAUGGGGUAAGAAUAGUCAAUAUGGGACCCUCCAGAUGUUGGGCAACACAACUCCCAGUUCCAGCAAGUAUGGCCAGUGUUCAGGGCUGAUAGGAAUUGUAUUCUACAACAUCUGGAAGACACCACGUUGGCUACCCCUUGUCUAGGGCAGCCCAGGGAAAACUGGAGUUGUCUGUAGCGCAUGCCUUCAGUGAGCCCUUUUCAUUAGGCCCAUUCGUUUUGUUCGAAUGAUUUCUGAUCCCGAUCUAAUUCUGUUCUUUGUGGAGCAGUCUAAGAAUGGGAGUUCAGUGAUGCCUGUUAAAGAGCCUGCGCUUGAAAGGAAGGAGUUCUCUCCACCCAUGGAAACGCUGCUUAUGCUUCCUGCUCCAGAAACAACUGCUGCAUCGGUGGACUGUGAGGAGGCCAGGAAUAAAACAUGUACAUCUAAUUCAGCUCGCCUAAAGACCAGGAGGGUUCUCUUUGAACUUCUGGCAUCCAACAGACAGCAGGAAUCUGAAGGUUAGUAAAUCUAUAGCAGGAGUGAUGUCUAGUUUCCGAGACCAAAUUACCUUGUAAUUGUAUAGCAUUCUGGGACAGGGUGGAGUAUUUGUGCUCCCAUGAAUGCACAAUGUCCAGUCCCCCAGCCCUUAUCCUACUAGCUUGGCCUCCUUUUCAGAAACUUUCCAGUGAUGUUGUAAAAUACAAGACUUUAGCACAUGCCAGAACACGCAUACAUCUAGUCAACACACAUUCAGAAUGCUCUAAUUUAUAUGAAUUUGUCCUGAUGCAUAGGAGUUGGGAAAGAUACCUAGCAGAGAGUUAUAUACUUGAAUGAUAUCAAUGAUGUUUGCAUUUGGGCUUGCAGCUUAUGGAGACAACCUCCAAUUUGUUCUUUAACUUCCUGGCCAGUCAUCAUUUUCAUGCAAUUGAAAAACUCUUGCCAGAUUGGCACCAAUGAUGGUGUUCCUCCCUGUGCCAAAUAAUGGCUUUAGCAGGUGACUGCUGAUCAGAGCCACAACAUGAUAGGAAAGAGCUAAUCCCACUACAUGCUGCAGACCUGAUUCUGAUAGUGUCUCCCUCACUGCUGGUAUUUAUAGUUUGAGGGUGGGGUGGGAAUCAUGCAUUACCAAUGUUAAUGUGUGGUUUGGUCGUUGGUGUGCAAAAAAUGCAUGUUAAAUUACUGAGUGUGCAUUCUAAAGCAUUUCGCCUGAUACAGGAUCAUAACUUCUUUGCUUAUGAUGAAAUAGCAUCUUUUCUUUUUUCCAAUAUAAAUGCAUUACCCAUUGAAAAUCAGUUUGAAGAGAGCAUUGCACGAGAAUAGUAAUCUCUCGGAACAUUUUCUCUCCCUGCAGACUUGGAAGUUAAAGAGCUGCAAGGUAAAAUACCUGUUCCUUGAACAAUUUGUUGGAAUUCAUUCAGUGCUUCCAGAACAGCAGCUCCUAGUAAUACCAAGUUACUACUCUUCCACUGUAAGCUACAUGUGGCAUUGCAACUGACUUUCUGUGUUUUGAGGGUAUAGUGGGAGGAAUUCCAUGUCAUGCUAAGGUGAUCAUUUUGUCAGGGAAAGCAUUUCAGCUUGUUGUAAGGAACAACCCCCCCCCUCUCCCUGUGUUCUGUUCUGGAAGUGCUCCUGACCCCCCCUCCCCUCGAGCCAAUUUUGGGGGGCAUGUAGGCGGAGGGGGGGAGAAGCCUCAUUCUGGAAGCAGAAACCCUUGUGCAAGGCUUACAUUGACAGAAAUCAUUAGUUGAAUCUCACCCCUUAAUUCUUGUAUGUGGACAUCUCACUACGUUCAGUCUACCCUGAGUCCUAAGGUGGGAAAGACAGAAUACAACUGAGCCACCUUUUAAAAAGCAGUUAUUCUAGAGUUUAUUGUUUUAAAGAGCAAUUUGGUAAUUACUUCCAAGAAUUCCUUUAAAAAGUUGAAAAAAAAGUAGCUCAAAGGGCAUGGGUGUUAAUUAAAAGAUAGAAUAGAAAAAUGACGAAAUGGUGCUUGAUCGUAAAGGUAAUGGUGCCAGCAUGGCUAUAGCUUCAUUUACCUGCAGUGUCACUGGUGUAUCUAAACUGAAGCUCUAGGAAAAGUGGAAGAUUAGUUUUAAGACCCUCUACAUAUGUGGAGUUUGCAUAGGAUUUUCUGUGGUUUGAGGAACAAGAGAAAGCACUGGAGGGUAUUGAUUUGAUUUAAAAAGUGAGUGAAGGAACAAUGGCAAUUCCACAUGAAGGGUAGUAUGGAAACAGCCAGAAUCAGUCAUGUUGUAGGUUUCAGGAGGAAGUUCUCCCAAAUGACCAUCCCUCAAUGAAAUGAGAUGGAUUCUGUGGUAUGUUUCUGCUGUCUCCACUCCUGCAUCUCUCUGUAGUAUGUCCAAGCCCUCGGUGGUGUCAUGCCAUGUGCCUGAGUGACCCUGAAACUGCUGUUCUGAUUGGUGGCGAAGGAACUAAUCAACAAUUUUGCCAAGAUGCCCUGUGGAAACUGGAAAUUGGUGAGAUGCUUCUUUGCUUGCAGCGAUGUACAUGUUGACACUGUCUGCAACCGAUCAGAGGGAAACUGAAUUGGAGUCGGUUUUUCCUAUAUGGGGAUAGUAGUUCUUAAAGGAGUGUCUGCCAUGCCUGGUGAGCUGAACUUGAAAGUGGCUGGAUCUAACUUGCUUUGCACACUACUUGUGUUCUGGUUAGCAGGGAAGCCAGCUCUAAGCUUUUAGCAUGUUGGCGACUACUUUGUGCAACUUUCCCCCACCCUCUUGCACAUCUUGGGUUCAUUUCUGUUGCUGAUUUUGCAGACAAUGACUUCUGGUUCCCCAUGGAUCUCCCAGCACCAGGUUCCAUGCCACAGUGUUCAAGGGGCCACAGUGCCACAUAUGACCCAGAGACCAAGCGCAUUUACAUCUUCGGGGGUAUGCGGGAGGCAAAGCGCUACAGCAACAUCCAUGUUCUGGACACAGCGUCUUGGAAGUGGCUUCAUGUGUCUGUGAGUCGCAAGAGAAACAAAGCUUUGAACAUCAAAGAGACAUCCAUUCCUUUAUUUGUUUUUAAAUUGUGUCCCGGUUUUCACCAAUGCGAUUUACAACAAUGUAGUAUGUGGAAUUUAAAACAUACACUCUCCAAACCUCAAGAACAGCGGUCAGCAAACUUUUUCAGCGGGGGCUGGUCCACUGUCCCUCAGACUUCGUGGGGGGCUGGACUAUAUUUUGGGGAAAAAAAUAAUGAAUGAAUUCCUAUGCCCCACAAAUAACCCAGAGAUGAAUUUUAAAUAAAAGGACACAUUCUACUCAUGUAAAAACACGCUGAUUCCUGGACCGUCCGCUGGCCGGAUUUAGAAGGCGAUUGGGCCGGAUCUGGCCCCCGGGCCUUAGUUUUCCUACCCAUGCUCAAGAAUUUAGAAUCUUAAAAAAAAAGAGCAGACCAUCUGAGAAGGUGUCUUUGUCCCUGAGUCUUCCCCGCUUCUGUAGGCACCUCCCCUCCAUGUAAGAGAGAGUGGCGGAUCACAGCUCAGGUGAGGGGUGAUUGAGGCAGCUGCUCUCAGGUCUAUUAGGAAGGCAUUGGAAAGGGGACCAAUCCUGUUCAUUGAUGCUGCCAGCAACGGAGCUGUCUGUGGUGCUGAUGCUAAGUCAGCCUAAAAUGCCAAGCCUGUACAGUGACCGGUGAUCUCUUCCUUAGGCUAAGGGUAAAGUGCCAACGCUGGCUUACCAUAGUGCAACCAUCUACCGAAAAGAGCUAUUUGUCUUUGGAGGAGCUUUCCCUAAAAUGUCAUCCCUGGAGAUGGGAGCUUGCAGCAACACACUCUUUGUUUUCAACCCCGAGUAUGAGAUCUGGUAUCAACCCAUUGUUGAGGGGGAGAAGCCUUUGCCUAGGCUUGGGUAAGUCUUCUUUGCUUCACUGAGGAGAAUCAGCUUACUGCUGAUUUCUUGAUUUUUCUCACUGAAAUGUGAUAUUGGACAACUUCAUUGCUCUCAUUUUUAUUUUAUUUCCUUGGCGGUUGGAAAUAGCGUAAUUAGUGCUUUCUUUGAAAACACUUGUACAUUUUCCUGCGGGUAUUUACUUUGUUUGAUAGUGCUAUAAUGCCAAGGGACUCUGUGUAAACUCUGCCCCUCAAACUGAGGGCCCCUCAGAAACCUCCUAUCUUGUUCACAUACUAAGUGCAUUCAGACAUCCUCUCUGCCUGGAAUUCCUUGGGAGUGUUUUAUUCUCUCACACCCAGAAUGAAGCUUACAAUGCCAUUUUUAAAACUCUGUGCAGUAGAAGGCAAGACUAUGGCUUGGAUCCAAGGUGUCUCGUGUGGGCUGCAUAACUUUACCGCAUGCCGAGGGGGCAUGCAGUUUCAGGAUCAGCUUGCAGGGGGACUGUGACAGAUGGGAAAGAAGUAUGAGAGCCUCAUUUCACAAGUGGAGUGGGUGCCUCUUGCAGGUUUUAGGACCAGGCUCAUAUACUAAUAUUGAUAUCAGCUGUGUAAAUCUUGACAAACUUUUCCUUACCUCCAGCAUGGGAGUUUAUGUGUUUUGGCUAAAGACUUUUCAGUUCUCUUAAUGAGAGAAUUCACAAAAACCUGCUGGUCAAGAGAAGGAAUUAAUAGAAGCUUCUUCUCAUUCUGCAGAGAUCAGCUUAGGACCAAAUUACACAUUUCCUAAUACGUUGCUUAAAUAAAACUUUUAACUUUAGCAAAUGGGGGAAAUUCUAUCACAUCUGAUGAGUUGAUGAGUUUGUUCUUAAUCUAGAUAAAAUCUUGGCGAAUGUACUCAGGCAGUGCUGUAAAACUUGUGUUUACUUCAUGCAUUUCUCUAGUAAAAAAGCCUUUUGUGUUCCAUGGUUCACAUUACAUUAUGUUUAUGCAUGUCUUUUUCUGAGGGGGUUAUAUCCUGCCCUCCACUCUAGGGCUGUGUUCACAUUACUGCCAUAGAUUUCAGUGAUUUCACACCUUUCACACCUUCGCCAAAGACAAGAGGCAUAAGGAUUCCAAUCAUGUGAAGCUGGUUUGAGGAACAAUACACCAAACAGUAGUAUCUUAUAACAAAGUACAAGAUACAUAAUGCAUUUUGGAUAACGUCAUGUGAACACAGAUUAUAAACCAGCACCGGAAACUCAGUGAAUGCACAGUAAACUGGAGUAUGAACACAGCCUAAGGUUGCAGGCCAGCUUAUGUCAAUAGAGAUUUUUUUAAAAAUUACAGCAUAAACAUUAUUACAUCUAAAACCAACUCACACAUUUUAUUGUGCUGCUGCUACCGAAAGAAGAGCAAUUUUAUUCUUCUGAUGCUACCGAAAGGCUUAAUGCAGCUGAUGUCUCAUAUUAAAACUUUAGUUUUGAAAGUUGCUAUUGGAUAUUGGAACACCAUAAUUUGUUUUUAAGGCGUUGCUGGAGCUGGCCAAACUUUUGGCCUCUUUCCACCAAAUGCCUUGCUAGCUUUGGAAAUAAUGGAGCUACUCAUAUACAGCCCCUGUAGUUGCCCCAGAAUGGCCCCUGAGAUUGACUGAAGCUAGGAAAAAUGUAAGACAUAAAGUGGAUUUCUAGCUAUAGAUGUUGCAGGGACUGUUUCAUUUUCCUACGUUUUCCUUGUUCAUUGUCUUUCCUUGCUUUCUCAAAGCCAUUCAGCUACUCUGCUGAGGAACAAACUGAUCAUAUUUGGGGGGCAGAAGACUUCCUUCUACCUGAACGACACACACAUCCUAGAUCUGGGUAAGAACUUUGCCAUUCCCUCUCUCAGUUUGGAUAGAGUUGAAGUCCACCGCCUGGUGAGGUUAAAGGAAUCCCUUGAGGCGGGAGAUGUCAGAAGUUGGUAUAUAUUGCACACUGGUGUGAAGAAAGACUGAUGCUAGCAAACAGCGACUUUGCCUCAAAACCUUUUGGAGAAUGGAUCAAAAAUGACCCCUCACUGGCCAUUGUAAGAUUACCGGUGCUGUAACCGGAUUUAUCGCCAGAUGCAGUUACAGACAUCUCUGCAUUAUAUGCAAUAAGCUGCUGCAAUUCCCAUCCAGAGAGGAAGCUGUGUGAAGUCUAUUUCAGCAAAAACAACAAAACCCUGUAGCACCUUGAAGUGUAACAAAGUUAUUGUGGGCGUGUGAGUGGAGAGGAAGUGAAUAAAAUGCAUUUCUUUUUGCAUUUCUUUACAAAUUGAUACCAUUGUUUACAUUCCUCCUUAUGUUUGAUGAAGCCAACUCUAUCCCACAAAAGCUUCUGCUGUAGUAAUGUUCAGUGUUUUUAAGGUACCACAAACUUUAUUUCCCCCCAAGAAGUUUGUUGCAUCUGAAAUCUUCCACCUUUCCCCAUGUGCCUCUAGGUUUCAUGGAGUACAUUUCAGUUCCUUUUCUCUCUGGACAACCUUCAGCUCGCAGGUAAGAGCUGAUUAUGGGGCUCUCUUGCAUGGACAAUGCUAGUGAUUGUAAUGGAAAGGGGUCUGAGGUGCAUGUUUGAAGGGCUGCUGUCAGUCAUGAGUUGGCAUCCCUGGAGCCUGGGCUAGAAAAAGGCAGCACUUUAAACUUGUGUGUGCUGCUCUUCUCAGAAGCCUGUUAGCUGACAAGAGGAAACCAAUCCUUGAUCAUUUACUGCAGAAACGUGGAACCUGUAUCUCCUCCCACUCCUGGUGCUGCUGCACUCCAGCUCCCAUCAGCCCCCAGCCAGCUUGGCUAAUGAUCAGGGAUGAUGGGACCUGAAGCCCAACAAUAUCAGGAAGGACAUAGGCUCCACAUCCCUGAUUUAAUGGGUGAAACCUUCAAGCUGUUGGUAUGCAGGCUGAGACCCUACCUGCCCGUGGACUGUCUUGCCAGAGUGGUGCACGCUCUAGUUAUCUCCCGCUUGGACUACUGCAAUGCGCUCUACAUGGGGCUACCUUUGAAGGUGACCCGGAAACUACAACUAAUCCAGAAUGUGGCAGUUAGACUGAUGACUGGGGGCAGCCGCCAAAACCACAUAACACCGGUCUUGAAAGACCUACAUUGGCUCCCAGUACGUUUCUGAGCACAAUUCAAAGUGUUGGUGUUGACCUUUAAAGCCCUAAAUGGCCUUGGUCCAGUAUACCUGAAGGAGUGUCUCCACCCCCAUUGUUCUGCCCGAACGCUGAGGUCCAGCGCCGAGGGCCUUCUGGUGGUUCCCUCACUGCGAGAAGCAAAGCUACAGGGAACCAGGCAGAGGGCCUUCUCGGUAGUGGCGCCUGUCCUGUGGAACACCCUCCCAUCAGAUGUCAAAGAGAUAAACAACUAUCUGACAUUUAGAAGACAUCUGAAGGCUUCAGGGAAGUUUUUAAUGUGUGACAUUUUAAUGUAUUUUUAAUCUUUGUUGGAAGCCACCCGGAGUGGCUGGGAAAACCCAGCCAGAUGGGCGGGGUACAAAUAAUAAAUUAUUAUUAUUAUUAUUCCUGCCUAUAUCUAAGCUCCUAGGCAGGUGAUCUAUGGUAGCAGCCACCUUUUUCUUCUUGCAGUAUUUGAUGUGAGAGACUCAUCACUGCAUCACAUGAUGACCCAGAGGCAAAGCUUACACUUGCCUCCAGCUUCAAACAGCUAGUAGCUCUUUAAGGAGUGGAUUGGCAGGGAGGAGUCUUCAAGUGUUGUUGUAGCUGCUCCAAGCAGCUGUUAACCCACCCUGAAAGUAGGAGUGUGGGGAGGUUAAAAGGCAGUCCUCACAUUACCUCAUAAAAGUGAACAGUUCUUUUUCGGGUGAGAUCACUUUUUAAAAAGCUCUUAACAUUUUUGCAUGGAUGAUAUUUCCUCUGAAAAAUGCGGAACAAAUCAGAAUUUGUACAGAGAUGGACCAAGUUUGAGUAGAACAGAGUUGCAAGUUUGAGUAAAACAGAGUUGGGGAUAGAGAUGAGCCUUCUGCUUUCAAAAAACAUAUUCCAUGUAAGUUACACCAGACACACCCUAGCCUUUUCCUCCUCACCUCCCACUAUCAUUUUCUGCCGCAUCAAGAUGGCCUGGUCCUGGCCACCAUGUUGCCUUACGAUCAUGCAAGUGGAUGAUGUGAUGUUAUGGACUCCAGAUAAGUCUAUAGAAGUUGGUGAUGGCUACACAAUACAUCUGAAGAAAAUGGGAGAGCCAGACUGGGGGGCAUAUUAGCUGGGUGGGUGAGACGAUGACCCUAGAUGGCCAGGCAGGAAGUGAGCAACUGGGUACAAGCUCUCACUUUCGCUUUAUUCUAAUCCUUAAGAAUCCAUCUUCUGCUUCCAGUUUCCAUGCGGCCAUUCCAGUGUCUGAUCAGAAAGUGCUGAUAAGCGGAGGCUGUGGUGUCAGAGGAGCCUUUCGGGAUGCAUUCACAUUCCAUCUUGGUAAGUCCUUGCGGCGCUUUUGCUACCAGUACUCCCUCAAGACGUGGAGGUUUGCUACCACCCAUUAACCCUUUCCCAUUGCAGAUACCUUGACUUGGAGUGCAGUCAAGCAUAGUGACCUUUGCUCUGUGCCCCGGGCAGGCCACACACUGCUCAACUUGACUUAUGCCCCCCAGACGGAUGCAGAUAAGGAGAACCAGGGCAAGCACAAUGCGUGCACUGUUCUGGUCUUCGGGGGGUCAGACCGUGCUGGCAAGUUCUACAAUAGUACAAGCAAGCUGCAGCUGGACCUCGAGGUGACGAGGUCUUCCCUGGACCCUGCUUGA